GGUUAAGGCAGCCUGUUUGGGGCCCCAGCCGCGCAGCAGCAGCAGCACCAGCAGCAACUGCACAGCAGCGGCUGUGGCAGGCCUGGCGCUGGGCCAGCUGGCACGGAGCCCCAGGAGGGAGGAGGGAGGAGGAAGAGGGGAAGGAGGAGGAGGAGGAGGAGAGGAGCAGUGAGCAGGCCCGAGGAGGCAGGACUUCCUGGUGUGGGGGUUGUCAACAGCCCAGAAAGAGAAAGACAAGAGAGACAGAGACGGAGAGGAGCUGAGAAGCACUGAGACAGAUUGGACGGGGCCACGCGGGAGGAGCCUUGGGAUUCUCACUUGCUGGGACCGCCGAGACCAGCUGCCACCUGGAACAUCGGGGGGCUGAGCCGCCCCCCUCUCACAGCAGCUGAAAGUCCCGUGGGGUGCAGAGGCCGCGCUUGGGCGCCACUGUGUAGGCGCGGGUUCUUUUUCUUCUGGACAGCAAAGUUUCCACGGAGAUGCCUCGUAGGGUGAGGUGCGCUCCCCUGAGAGCACCGGGCAGCCCCUGAUCGCUGUUUGCGUGGCCCACAACUGCUCGGGGCCAGAAGGCCCCAGGAAACGAACAGCCGGACCCCGGCUUAACUCUGGUGGCCGAGAUCCUGAGAGUUUGCAAACUCAGCUCUGGAUUUCGGCAGCGACAGCAGCAGGAAAAACCUGCCCCUGCCCCCCCAUCCUGCCACCUCCCAUCCCCUGUUCUGUCACCAACCAGACACCCCUAGUUCCCUCAAAGCCCUCCUGCCAUGUCAGAUCCAGACGUUGCCAGGGGCCCUGAUGCCCCCGCCAUGUGGCCUCCCUGUUCCAGGGGUGCCUGAGCCCUUUCCAGGACCCCAGCCCCUCCCCCACCCCGGCCCAGUCCUGAGUCCCAGGGACCAUGAGUGGGGGCAAGAAGAAGAGUAGUUUCCAAAUCACCAGUGUCACUACGGAUUACGAGGGCCCAGGGAGUCCAGUGGCUUCAGAUCCCCCAGUCCCACCAGCCCCCACUGGGCCUCCACCCCGCCUCCCCAAUGGGGAGCCCAACCCUGAUCCAGGGGGCAGGGGCACCCCCAGGAAUGGCUCCCCUCCACCUGGGGCCCCAGCCUCCCGUUUCCGGGUGGUGAAGCUGCCCCAUGGCUUGGGAGAGCCUUAUCGCCGAGGCCGGUGGACGUGUGUGGAUGUUUACGAGAGAGACCUGGAGCCCCCAAGUUUUGGCCGGAUUUUAGAGGGAAUUCGAGGGGCCUCGGGGGGCACUGGGGGAAGAUCUUUGGAUUCCAGAUUGGAGCUGGCCAGCUUGGGCCUGGGUGCCCCUAUCCCACAGUCAGGCCUGUCUCAAAGUCCCACCUCCUGGCUCCGUCCACCUCCCACCUCCCCUGGACCUCAAGCCCGCUCCUUCACAGGGGGACUGGGCCAGCUGGCAGUGCCUGGCAAGGCCAAGGUGGAGACACCCCUCCUGUCAACCUCCCCACCCCAGCAGCGCCCCCCAGAGCCUGGAACUGGGGAUGGAGUGGGCACAUCCCUGGCAGCCACGCCCCUGCCUUCCCUGAAGGUGGAUGUGGAGGCUGGGGGCUCCACAGUGGGGACCCCUCCACUGGCCCGGAGGAAAGAUGGACCUGUUCGGCUGAGAAUGGAAUUGGUUGCUCCAGAGGAGACAGGGCAGGUGCCCCCGCUCGACUCUCGUCCUAACUCCCCAGCCCUCUACUUUGAUGCCAGCCUGGUUCACAAGUCUCCUGAUCCCUUUGGAACAGCAGCAGCCCAGAGCCUCAGCCUGGCCCGAUCCAUGCUGGCCAUCAGUGGUCACCUGGACAGCGAUGAUGAUAGUGGCUCCGGAAGCCUGGUUGGCAUUGACAACAAGAUCGAACAAGCCAUGGACUUGGUGAAGUCCCACCUCAUGUUUGCGGUCCGGGAGGAGGUAGAGGUGCUAAAGGAGCAGAUCCGGGACCUGGCGGAGCGGAACGCUGCAUUAGAGCAGGAGAAUGGACUGCUGCGUGCACUGGCCAGCCCAGAGCAGCUGGCCCAGCUGCCUUCCUCGGGGCUCCCUCGGCUUGGGCCCCCUGCACCUAAUGGGCCCUCUGUCUGAGCCUCCUUUCCCUCACAAUGUGCCUUUGGGGGCUUGCCACAGCUGCUGGGCUUUGCACCAGCCGCCUGCCCCCUCUUCCUAUGCAGCUUUAAUGCCCCCCCACCCUGAUCCCUGGGGAUGGGAGUUCAAGGCUCAGUAUUGGCCUAUUCCCCCACCCUACCUGAUCUCCCCUAGGCCUUGAUGGAGGAAGGAGGUCUCAGAAUAGGGUAUUAGAUGGAGCCCUUUCUCCAUGAGGGAUCCCAGUCCCACUCCCUCCCUAGGUAUCAGUGUUCUGGGACCCCCAGCAGUAGAUGGCUUAGAGGAGUUGGAGGCUCCCUGGCAGAUACCCACUCCCACCUUGUUCCUUCAAAGUGCCCCUCUCCACUGCCCAGUGGAGGACAUAUGGACAGUAUCUGGAAGUUCUGGGAUUCAGGUUGUUAUUAAAAUAAUUAUAA